AUGGACGACCUGGCCGCGACGAUGCCGGGGUAUCUGGGCGUCGAGACCGUGCGCGGGGCGGACGGCGUGGGCAUCAACGUCUCGUACUGGGCGACGAUGGCGGACGUGGUCCAUUGGAAAAAGAUCGCGGAGCACGACGCGGCCCAGAAGCGCGGCAAGGAGGCGUACUACGAGUGGUACCGCGUGCGCGUGGCGAAGGUGGAGCGGGCGUACGCGUUCACGAGGGGCGAGGCGUGA